GACGGCACAGGACCGCCAGGGGGCGCAGCGGAGCAGAUAUAAUAUAAAGUUUGGCGCUUCCUGUCUGAACUUCGGACUUGCGCUGAUUGGACGGCUGCAGAGACAGGUGUCGUCAGACAUGGCGGAGGUCCAGAUACGGGAAGGAUCGGUCAGCACAUCGGGACAGACCUUGUUUUACCGCGAGGCGGUCCCGCCGCCGCAGCCGCCGAGCGCCCCCAAACCCCCCGUCCUUCUCCUGCACGGAAUUCGCUUCUCAUCCCAGACAUGGCUGGAGCUCGGGACGCUGAACAAGCUGGCCGCCGCCGGUCACCGCGCCGUCGCCAUCGACCUCCCCGGUCUGGGCCGCUCCAAGGACGCCGUGGCCCCGUGUCCCCUGGCAGAACCGGCCCCGGCCUCCUUCAUCCAGGAAGUGCUCGACGCCUUGAAUUUGGCCCCUGCGGUGAUAAUAAGCCCCUCCCUCAGCGGCAUGUACUCUCUCCCCCUCCUCCUCCACAACCCGCAGAGCGUCGCCGCCUACGUGCCCGUCGCCCCCAUCUGCACCGACAAGUUCUCCGCUCAGGACUACGGCCGCGUUCAGGUUCGCACUCUGAUCGUUUAUGGGGAUGGAGAUGAGCAGCUGGGGGAGAUCUCGCUGCGGAACCUGAAGAAUCUGACCAAUCACCAGGUGUUUUGCAUGAAGGGGGCGGGGCACGCCUGUUACCUGGAUGACCCAGACACCUGGCAUCGCGGCCUCUUGGAAUUCCUCGCAAGCCUGAAAUGAAGUUCCCAGAAUACGGGCCGACCCCCCCCCCCGCUGUAAUUACAUUGUGAUUGUAGAGCCAGAUUGAACGCCAUAGACCGCCAGAUUGAACGCCAUAGACCGCCGGACCAAGUGCCAUAGACCGCCAGAGUGAACGCCAUAGACCGCCAGAUUGAACGCCAUAGAUGGCCGGACCAAAUAUUGCAAUAAUAAAACGCCCCCCCUCCUCCAAUCUAUAUUGCGGCAGAUCUUAAAAAUAAAUGUCUUUCUUUUGAUUAAAAAUAAACAUCAUACAUUAUAAAAAGUUUAUUGCA